AUGGCAAAACCAAUCAAGCUCUACGGCCACGUCUUGGGCCCUAACCCAUGGAAGGUAGCCAUCAUCUUCGAAGAGCUCGGCAUUCCAUAUGAGACCGAGUACAUGGAUAUGGCUGUUCUUAAGCAAGAGCCAUUCGUCAGUGUCAACCCCAAUGGCAGAACUCCAGCCAUCGAGGAUCCAAACACAGGCAUCAUCUUGUGGGAGUCGGGCGCAAUCAUUAAUUACUUGAUCGACGUGAGCAUCUCGUGCCUGCGGAGAAGAGGACAUCUUGCUUACAUUAUUCUCAGACGUACGACAAGCAGGGCAAGCUCCACUACACCAGCUCUCCUCAGAAGUAUUACCAAGAUCAGUGGGCGCAAUUUCAAAUGAGCGGCCAGGGUCCUUAUUUUGGCCAAAAGGCCUGGUUCACGCACUUCCACCACGAGAAGAACAUGACCAGUGCCAUCGAGCGUUAUGGUAACGAGAUCCGCCGUGUCCUCGGUGUCAUCGACCUGCACCUCUCCAAGACUGGCCAGCAGUACCUUGUCCCCGGAGAUAAGGCUACCUAUGCCGACUUGAUGUUUGUGCCUUGGAACGCGAUGACGGGCUUUAUCGUCGGCGAAGACUUUGACAAGGAGUGGAAGGAGAAGUACCCAACUUGUUACGCUUGGCAUCAGAGGUUGAUUGAAAGACCGGCAGUCAAGAAGUGCUUGGAUGAGAAGCAGAAGAAGGUUGCUGAGAGCCAAAAGUAG